AUGUGCAGCGGCCCGGGCAGCGCGCGCGGACCGCGAGGGAAGGCGGCCACAAGCGCAGCGCGGGCUCGCUCCGUUCCCCCCGGCGCCCGCGGCUCGGACGGGGCUGACCACGGAGGCUCCCAUCCACGCACCCAGCGCCUGGGGCCGCCGAGCUGGAUCUCAGGCACUCUCGACCCGGAGGAGAGCGAGGGUGACCGGGACAGGACGGUAGCCCCGGGCCGGCCGGGCCGCCCUGCGGGGAGACCAGCGCGCGCCGGGGGCCCCCCGACCCCAUGCGGCCCAGGGUCCAGGACGCGGCAGCGGAAUGGGGAGGGGCCGCCGCCGCGCGCCGCGGGGAACAAGGCCGGGGCCCCAGGACGGCAGGUGCCGACACGGCCCCGCACAGCUCGGAUUGCAGCAACUCUGCGGCCCGGGGCGCUGGGGGCGGCCGACCCCGCGCCCGGCGGGCCCUUGCGCCCGGGAGACCAAGCCCCCGCGGGCACUAGCGUGGAGAACUACCGUAGCUGGACGAGGGCCCCUUCUGCACACCGGGCGAGCGUCCCGCGCGCGCUCUCCGCGCAGCCCUGGGCGCUGGGGCGGGGAGGGGGCGCCGGAGCCGGGCCCCCAGGUCUCCCGGCUGGAGCCGCUCCCGGCGCGGAGUGCAGCGGCCCAGCACAGAGCGGGUGGGAGCCGCUAUUCGCGAGGCCAGAAGCCACUUUGGGAUUUCGACUUCUGUGUUAAAAAUGAGUGCGUAAAGCGGAAUUCACGUGCGGACCUCAGAGCCUCACAGCACAUUGGAGAAGAUCUGGAAAGGACAUUAUCAACAGCGUCACCUCCAGAAAGGGCCGAGGGAAGGGGAUGGCGGGGGAAGACGCUUUCCUUGUGUAGCUUUGUGUUGUUUUGUUGUUGCUGUUGUUGUUUUUUCAAAUAAAAAAUGUUUUCAGGGGCGCCUGAUUGGGGGUCCCGAGUUCAAGGCA